CAAAGUACUAUUAUUAUUAGUAUUAUUUAUUUUCUUCGUAGUAUUAUUUUUCUUGACCUUAGCAAGUCCUAUCAUACCAUCAAAUUACAUAAUCUUCCUUUUGAUUUGAUCUCUAGCUAGCUUUCAAUUGACCUUACCUUAGCUUUCAAUUCAUUUUCUCCAUUACCCCAAAAUUUGGGCUCUUUUUUAUCCUUUCUAAUCUAAUCCCAUCAUCAUCAUUAUCACCAAUAAAUAACAAGAACAUCAGCAGCCAUGUCCUUGAAGUUUGCACCUUUCUGACACACCCAGAUUCUCCCAAUUUGGGUUGGGCACCAUGGAAACUGGAAGAAUCCAGGGACCUUGGGGAUUUCGCUCUUUAUCCAAAGUCGUUUUGUGCACCAUUUCUGGGGCCCUGACCGUGUGUUUUGCCAUUGCUGGGGCCCUCACAGGAGCUAUAGCUGGUGCUCUAGCAGCUAAGGCUACUAAGAGUGGUCUUCUCCGGGGAGUUUCAUUGGGUGCCAUUGCCGGCUCUAUACUCUCCGUGGAGGUGUUGGAAGCUUCCCGCGCCUAUUGGUGUAUGGAGCAAACCGGCUCACGGGGUGCAUCAUCUAUGGCAGAUUUCAUAGAGGAACUUGUUCGUGGGAGGCUUGUUGAGGAAUCCCUUACACCUGCUAUUUUAACUGCUUACAAUUUGCAGUUUGAGCAGGUUGGCAUUGCUAAUACAGGCUAUGAUGAGAUUCAUGAUGUUCAUGGCUUAGUGGCACCCAGAGGAUUGUCAGGAGAUUCAUUGAAGAGGUUACCGCACCAUAUGAUCUCAAAGGAUAUGAAGGCAGAUAAUACUUGCUGUGCAAUAUGUUUGCAGGAUAUUGAAGUAGGCGAAAUUGCACGAAGCUUACCUCGCUGUCACCAUACAUUUCACUUGAUAUGUGUGGACAAAUGGCUUGUCAAGAAUGAUUCGUGUCCUGUUUGCAGACAGAAUGUGCAACUUGUUCCUUGGGCAAUUUGAGAUUAUCUUUAUGGGCGGAUGCAUAUGUUGUAUUAUUUGUUUCUUUAUAUACAAACUGAGAUUACCAUUAAGUUUUGUAUAGUUGACAUUGGCUUUUUGUACUAUCCUGCGAUGUAAUUAUUAGAUAAUACUAUUUGGUAUGAAAGCCAAUGCCCAAUAACAAAUGUUUUGGGAGAAAAAAAAAUGAGAAAAUGGUAAACUUUGAAAAGUAUAUCAAUGAAUGAUUUUUCUUUCUUUUGUGAACA